UCCGAAAAAGGAAGAAGUGUUUUAGAGGCGGGAAAAGACCGGAAGCCGGAAAUGGGGAAAAAGAAGAGGCGAGGAAGAAACGUGACGUAUUUGAGUCAUUCUAUUAAAUACUUAUAAUUUGUAGCAACGAGGGAGACGAGAAAAAGAGGAAGUGGCAAACUAAUGGUGGAUGUGGCUCGUUUUCCACUUGAUGAUUUCCGCGUGUGUUGUUGUUGUUGUUGUGCUUUGAUGUGAACGCAGGCUGCGAUCGUCACGUGACACUGCUGACAAGCCGGUCAAUUUUGUUUAGUUUUUUUCAUUUAUACAAUCAAAAGGCACGCCAUACUUUCACGAGAAAAGCCAUUUAACAAAAAAGAAAAGGGGACUGAAAAAGCCACAAGGCGGAAGUGCUGAAUGGCGACAGUUCAGCCGUGGUCGCAUGUGGAAGAAAACUGGGUGGGGCCAAGCCGGCUCGCGACGUCACAUGUUGAUCCAAAAGGAUCCGGAGUGGAUGCGGCGAACGCGGUCGUGUUGGAUUGUCGGCCUUCGAACGUGAUUGACAUGUUGUAAUGUUUGUUUUUUUUAAAAACAAAACAAGAAACAACGUCGUGCGUGACGCGAGACAUGGCGGACUGCAGCCCGGCUCCACCAGAAACUGCGGGCAGCGGUCGGACGCAUAGCACCACCUCGGGCGAGAAACGCUUCCAGAACUCUUUGGCUCUGGGUCACAGCUUCAAGAGGGUCACACUCACCAAGCCCACCUUCUGCCACCACUGCAGCGACUUCGUGUGGGGCCUGAUCGGCUUCCUGUGUGAAGUGUGUAACUUGAUGUGUCAUGAGAAAUGUCUGAAGACGCUGCGCUCGCUGUGCUCCAGCGUGGCACCCUCCGCAGUACGGAUCCCCGUGGCUCACUGCCUCGCUCGGGACGCUCACAAGAGGCGUGUGUGCUCCGUGUGCAGGAAGCAGACGGACGGAAACGGAGCGCUUCGUUGCGAAGUCUGCGAGCUGCACGUGCACGCCGACUGCGCCGCCUUCUCGUGCGCCGACUGCCGUUCGUGCCACGUGGACGGGACCCUGCGGCAGGACACGUUUUACCACCACUGGCGGGAGGGCAACCUGUCGCCGGCCGCGCGCUGCCAGGUGUGCCGGCGAUCCUGCGGCUCGUUCGACGUCCUGGCGGGCGUGAGGUGCGAGUGGUGCGGCGUCACGUGUCACACGGCGUGCCACCCGAGCAUGGCGCCAGAGUGCAAUUUGGGCCGUCUGCGCCGCGUGUCGCUGCAUCCCGCCUGCGUGCGCCUCCAGUCCAGAAACUUCAGCAAGCGGCACUGCUUCCGCAUCGCCGAGGGCGACGGCCGCCGGCCGGACGACGGCGAUGACGUGGACGCGCCGGCCGUGGUGUCUAAAGACGGUCAGCCGACGACGCCCGACCGCGGCAAACAGUUUCUCAAAGUCUACGACGGCGACGACGCCCUCAGGCGCGGCCACUUCCGCCUCGUCUCCGUCGUCAGAGCCGCCGGGAACGAGGAAGCUCUGGAGGCGGCGUUGCGGGCCUUCUACCUGCCUGACGACCCCCGGGAUUUCCAGCUGCAGGAGGUGGGCGGACUUGGGCGUCUCCGUAGCGACGGCGGUCCGGACGGCGGCGGCGGCGACGCCUGGAUCCUGAGGGCCAAAGGGGGCCGCGCCGAGGUCAUCAAAGUGUACGGGGGCGCGGCCAGGUCACGCUUCUUCUUCCGUUUCCUGACGCCGCGCGCGCGCACCCGCCGCCCCCGACGACGGCGAGUCAACGACUGUGUGCGCCUUUCAGAUGGGGAUCGGAUUUCGUCAGCGUGCGCGUGUCCGAGGACAGCACGGCGGCGUCGGUCGUGGCCGAGGUCCUGCGUCGGCCGGCGCUUCAGCUCUACGACCUCCACCCUUCAGCACGAAACCUUUUCGGCUUCCUUGCAGAAAGACGACGUGACGCGAUUUGACCUGCAGGAAGUUCUCAUGAGCGGCAGACGAGUGCGGAAACAAACGCUGACGCCGCAGCAGAACAUUCUGGACAAAUUACACGACAUCAGGAAGAUGUCUUUGCGCCAGAUGAACCUGACUCGCUUCUACGUGGCCGAGAGGCAGAGCCAAGCGCAGCAGGUGAGCCUGCUGAUUGGAGGACUGCCCCCCCUGCUGUCCAAAGAGCAGUACUGGCAGCUCAUGCAGGAACAGCUGAUCGUCAAGAGCCACCUAGUAGACAUCAGCCACGUGUACGCCAGCCAAGGUGCGGUGGGCUUGCGCUUGUCGUGUUUGUCCGAAGCCGAGCGCGUGUUCAUGUUGGCGAAAGACACCGACGUCGACGACAAGUGGCUCACGUCGCUCGUCAUCCCAGACGUCCAGGUCGGCCUGCUGGGCGAGGACGCGCGCCCCCUGCUGGUGUUCGUCAACGCAAAGAGCGGCGGCCUGAAGGGCAAAGAUCUUCUCUACGGCUUCCGGAAGAUCCUCAACCCGCACCAAGUCUUUGACCUCUCCAACGGAGGCCCGCUGCCAGGCUUCCACACGUUCCGGGCCCUUCCCAGCUUCCGGGUGUUGGUGUGCGGGGGCGACGGCACGGUGGGCUGGGUGCUGGGCGAGCUGGAGGCGCUGCGUCACCAGCUGGCCUGCCGGGAGCCGCCCGUCGGCAUCGUGCCGCUCGGAACAGGUAACGACCUGUCCCGCGUGCUGCGUUGGGGGGCGGGUUACAGCGGCGAGGACCCGGCGCACAUCCUGGCGUGCGCGGACGAGGCGGACGAGGUCCCGAUGGACCGCUGGACCGUCCUGCUGGACGCGCGGGACCUCGGCGAGAACGGCGUCGAGACCUUCCCGGAAGCGCCCAAGAUCGUCCACAUGAGCAACUACUUGGGAGUGGGCAUCGACGCCGAGCUCAGCCUGGACUUCCACCAGGCCCGCCAAGACGACCCGGACAAGUUCACCAGCAGGUUCCACAACAAGGGCGUGUACGUGAAGGCGGGCCUGCAGAAGAUCAGCGCCACCAGAAGUCUGCACAGGGAACUGCAGCUGCGCGUGGACGGCCGCGACGUUCCGCUGCCCAACAUCGAAGGCCUCAUCUUCCUCAAUAUUCCCAGCUGGGGUUCCGGCGCAGACCUGUGGGGUUCCGAGGCGGACGCUCGCUACGGAAAGCCGAGCAUCGACGACGGCCUGCUGGAGGUGGUGGGCGUCACCGGAGUGGUUCACAUGGGUCAGGUGCAGAGCGGCCUGCGUUCCGGCAUUCGGAUCGCUCAAGGGAAUUACGUGCGCGUCACGCUGAGGAAGGCUUUCCCGGUCCAGGUGGACGGGGAACCGUGGCUCCAACCUCCGGGACACAUCGUUGUCUCCGCCGCCGGACCAAAGGUGCGCAUGCUGAGGAAGUCCAAACCCAAAGACGAAAAGUCGACAGGCGGGGCCAAGGAUGGGCGCUCGGAAAGCUCCGCCCCCUCGGACGCCGUUCACCUUUGAUGUCGUCAGACCCGAACGCAAACGUGACGCUUGAACGCGCCGCGCAGGUGAAGAACUUCGCAAAAGACUCGAAGCGCACAAAGUCUGUCAGUGUGUCGAGCAACACAAAGGCAACGAGAGGCACAAGUACGGUCGACCCCCGUUUAGCGAACGCGCAUACGUUGACGAAAUAGACAUUUGGAUUUUUUUCAUUCUUUUAACCCUCCUACACAUAGUAAACAGAUUUAAAUUUGUUAAAAUGCACUUUUCAAAGUAUUCUUAGCACCUGUUCUCACUUGGGCACGCACGGUUUUAUGAAAAAGAGGCACUGCGUGCUCGCUGCAAGCUGUUAUUUUUACAAUUUUGUUUAACCUUUAUUUCUCCAAUUGAGAACAGACAGCAGAGUAAAGCAAAAUUCAUGCAAAAAUAAAUACAGAGACAACAAACUGUACAUAAUGCGUGACAUGACAUCAUAGCACGUGGUGAAUAAAAGGUUGCUAACGCGCGGCAAUCAUG